AGACACACACACACACACAUCGCUCUGAAUGUCAGGUCGAUGCUUUUACCCAGCAAAGCAGAAGAACUUGGACUGGCCGAGAGGUCCGGAAGUGGCCGUCAGGCGGUCCUGGAUGACGUUCUCCUCGGCUCCGUCCAAAUCGGGCCUUUGAGGCCUAUGGUGAUGGACUUCCCACAGAGCGUGAUCGGGGCCUCUCUGGGGCACCCCAUCGACGGAAUGCUGGGUAUGGAGUUCUUUGAUCGAUUCGCGGUCGGACUGGGGCCUGAGCUGCAUCUCUACGAGGCGGACUGCGGGGAGCGCGUGGCUGCGCUGGCGAAGAUGGUGUGCUUGACCACUGCUCCUCUGCCCGCGCGGCUGCUGGGGCUGUACCUCUCGGUGCCGCUGUCAGAUGUACGUGUGAAGGGCGUGAUCGACACCGGAGCCUCCUUCACUGUGCUGAAUUGGCGCGCCGCCCACGUUCUACUGGGCAUCGUGAAGGAAGACAAAGACAAGAUGCUGCAGCGGGGAGGCGUAUCCUCCAUCGACAGCAGCGGGAAUCCGCUGUUGAUGCCCCUGGCGCACGCUGCUUUGCAGCUCCGCGGCGCCGGGCGGAAGCCGCCGGGGUGCUGGGCACCGAAGCCGGUGGAGGUCGCCAUCGGAGAUGUGGCGAGUUUCAAGACGAUCUUCAACGUGGACGAGCCGCUGGCCCUCAUUGGCCAGGACAUCCUGACGCAAAGGCCAACCCUCCUUGCGGCCCGGCAGCGGCUGCUGUGCUUCGGGGGCGAUGGCAAAAAGACGCUGGGGACCUUGAACCUGGGUGCCUUGGAGACGGCGGCGUCGCAGCACAACCUCCAGGUGCUGGACCUCAAGGACCACAAGAUCUCAGCUAUCCCCAAAGAGGUACUCAGCGCUUUCACGCACGUCAAGGUGCUGGACCUGCGGAAGAAUGCGCUCGAGGAGCUGCUGCCGGAGAUUUCCCUCAUGCAUCAGCUCGAGGACCUGCUGUUGGAUCAGAAUCGCUUGCGGGAACUACCUGACGAGGUCUGCUCCUUGCCGAACCUCAGGGCCUUGUCCCUGAGCCAAAAUCUCCUCAAAGCCCUACCAAAGGCCGUGGGCUCGAUGAAGUCCCUGAAGAGCCUGAGCCUGGGUGAUAACUUCGUUGAGGAGAUCCCAGCAGAGCUGGGUCAGUGCAAAGAGCUACAAACGCUCUACUUGCACCACAAUAGCUUCACCAGCUUGCCCUCCAGCCUGGCGCUCCUGGAGAACUUGCAUGAGCUCGCCCUGGAAUGGUUCAGGUACACUACGCCGCCUCUGCCGCGAGUGAUCAAGGGGGCAGAAUGGCAGCGCAUCAUCACCAAGCUCCGGGAGCUGUGCCGAGACAAGAAGGACGGCCGUCUCACCUGCAUCGAGGUCCUCGGGGAGUUCUCGCAGAAGGCCUUCGACCCCAACGCCAUCGACUCCAAGCGACGAACGAGGCUGCACGUGGCAUGCCUUGAGGGUCACGUGGGGGUGGCCUUGGCUCUGGCAGAGACGGGGUCCAAGUGUGACUCCCUUGACUGCGAGGGCUACUCGCCGCUUCUGGUGGCCGUGCGGGAGGAGCAUCCUGACAUCGCCAACGCCCUGGUCAGGGUCGGGGUCGACGUGAACCGUGGGGGCGGGCUGUUCGGGUCCCCGCUGCAUGUGGCCACCGUGAACUUCGACCCACAGAUGGUGAUGUUGCUGAUCCGCGGCAAGGCUGAUGUGAACCAGACCGAUGCCGAUGGCAACUCACCGCUGCACGUGCUGAUGUCGGUCUUUGACAAGGGCGGAAAGCGGGCCGCGGCCAUCGGAAAGAUUCUGCUCCAGCACAAUGCGGACUGCAACAUGAUGAACAGCGACAAGUGGGCCCCAUUGCACUUGGCGGCGAGAAGAGGUCAGCUUCGGGGCAUCGCGUUCGUCCUGAGUAACCUGGACUCUGCGGACGCAGCCUGUCACAAGGGGGCCUGCUCGCACGUGACGGCCAAGUCGAAGGGGAGCCGGGUGCGGACCUGCUCGCGGGCCUUCGACUUGAACCUCAGGGGCGGAUCUCACCUGUGGACUCCUUUGCACUUGGCCGGGCAUGCCUGCCAUGUGAACGUGGUGCAGGUCCUGAUCGAGGCGGGAUCUGACGUCUUCCUUAGGAACGUGGACGGCAGAACAGCCAGGCACGUGUCCCGGGGGAACCUUGCGAUCUCCAAGCUACUCCGGAAAGCCGAGGACGAAUGGCUGUGGUACCGCAUCCACCAAGGCUUCUCCGACAUGAAGGAGACGGCGAAGCCAAUGGGCGACGUAAGUGCUGCGACGGAGCCAGCGCCAGAUGUUGCCUCUUCGCCACGUGGCAAGUCAAGGGAUACGCACGAGCUGCUGGAAACCUUCAAAGUGGAUGAUGACGACGAUGAUCCCAUAGAGGAAAUCGCCAAGAACAUCGAGGGCCCGUCAAGAAGAGGCGGGGGCCCGGCCGCGCCGAAAGGCCUGCCGGAUCCUGGGUCCCGCGCGGCGCCGCAGUUGCGAACCGCCUCCAGGCCCAAGAUGCAGCGGAUCACGGAGAAGUGCCAAGACUCGUACUUCUCCAAGGAAGAGCUCCAAGCCCUGCAAGCCACGAACUUCGGGAAGCCCGCGGAGGGCGAAGGCGUCAAAGUCUUCAUAGAGACCCUGCGGAAGCUGCAGACGGGGCCGAAGCAGCGAAUCCCGUACUUCAUGUCGAAGCGGUGGGUGAAGGAGCUGAUUCCCCAGGUGCUGGAGGAUGAGACCUAUCACAACGUGCUGCUCGACCCAGAGCUCGUGUGUAACGAGGACUUCCUGAGACUGCUCAUCAGCAACGUGCCGCAAGACAGGCUGACGAUCUUUGGGCGGAUGCGGAACAGCGAUCAGGACUCGCUCCUUCACAUCAUUUGCAAAGGGGCGCGCUCCGGUGCGGACCUGCUGUCGUUCCUCCUCAUGGCAUGCCCGAAGACUGCCUUUGACCUGGAGGCCAAAGACCUGCGCGGGCAGACCUCCUUGCACCUGGCCGCCCAAUGUGGCGAGCUCGGCCUUGUGCAGGUGCUGUUGGAUAACAAGGCCCAGCCCAACGCCCAGGAGGACACAACCGGAUGGACGCCGCUCCAUUUUGCAGUCUCCAAGUCCCACUACAGCAUCAUCUUGCAGCUUCUGCAGCACUCGGAGACGGAUGUCAACCAGAUGGACAAGUUCGAGUGGCCUCCGAUCCUGGAAGCCUGCUCAAGGCUGGAUGCCCGCGCCACGUCCUUGCUGGUGAACGGCAAGGCCAACCUGUCCUUCCGGAACCAGCAUCAGUUCGACGUGUUGAAGGCUGUGGACACAUCCAAGAAGGACCUAGCGGCAAAGCGCUGGAUGUCCUGCCUGGUGGUGAGCAACGGCUUUCGCUUCCAGGAGUCCACCGUCCAGCUCACCGCCGAGGAUCGCGAGACCCUCCAGCGGGAGUAUGGCUUCUUCAGCAGCCGGCCUGUUCCGGCGACGCACCCCCCUUUCUUUGUGCCGGACCACUUGGCGCCGAGAUGCCACAGCUGCAAGGUGCUCUUUUCCGUGACAGUCCGUCGCUAUCACUGCCGAAGCUGCGGGCUGGUGCUUUGUGGCAACUGCUUUAAGUGGAGGGGCAUUAUCAUCGUUCCCUUGGACGAGCGGGUAUUUGCGAAGGCUCCACUGAAUGAGAGCCGCUUGACGGCUGCAGUUGAGAUGUCACUGGGCCGAGACAAAGGAACUGCUCCACAGUCUCAGCCGGCAAAAGGCUACGCUGGCCAGGCUGUGACAGAAGAGGCAGCGGCAAAGCCUUCAGAUGGCAAGGCCCACGUACCUCUUGAAGGCGGAUUGCACCGAGAGCGAGGAGGUGGAGUCACCCCAAUCUCUCCAUUGAGCGGCCACGCCCAGAUGGUUCGGCUCUGCGGACCCUGCUGCACCUUCUUCGAGGCCGGAGUUGGAGAGACCUACUCCAUGCAGCGGUUCAAGGGUGCCGGCCGGCCGCGACGCCGAAACGCCGAAACGCGUGGCAGCGUUUUGAGGCUCAGCAUGGCUGAGGAGGAGACCCCGGUCGAGGUCGAACAGCCGCCGGCGGAAACGCCUGCGCUCAACGGCGCGGAGGAGGCGGAGAAGAAGAAGAAAAAGAAGAAGAAGGUCAAGGAGGUGAAGACGGUCUUCGAGUCCGUGCCCGCGGCCUCGUCCGCGGAGUUUUCCGCGUCCAAAGCGGUGAGCUACGACUCCAGCGGGGCUCCCUCGACCUUCGAGAGCCAGCCGAGAGCGAGCGCCGCGGAUUGCAACAGCGGCAAGACGGUGGAGCAAGUGCAGCAAGAGUCCGUCUUCGAAAGCAAGCCGCAGCAAAGCCGGGCUGAGUUCAACUCCGCAUCCAAGACAUCAGCUGCGGAGGCAGCACAGUCGGUCUUUGAGUCGCAGCCGAAGCAGAGCUCAGCUGAGGUGGCCUAUGGGGCCAACGCCGCUGUGACGGAGAACACGCCAUCCACCUGGGAGAGCAAUCCUCAGAAGUCGAAAGCAGACACAGCCUAUGGGGCACAGUCCUCAUCCGCCACCGAGCCGUCCGCAUUUGAGAGCAACCCAGCUGAGAGCAAGGCGGAGGUGGGCUACGGGCGCCAGGCGGUGCCCAGCUCUGAGGCGCCUUCAGUUUUUGAAAGCCAGCCGCAGUCCAGUAAAGCGGAGUGGUCCUACACCAAAACCGCGGCGGCGGAGCAGACACAGUCUGUGUUUGAAAGCCAGCCGAAGGAAUCCUCUGCUGCGUAUGGUCAUUCCUCCAAGGAGACCUCCGGCAGCGAUCAGCCUUCCGUCUUCGAGAGCCAGCCCAAAGCGAGCUCUGCGAUGGUAAGUCACAAGGACAAGAGCUCAACUCCGGCCACGGACCAGUCGGUGUUCGAGAGCCAGCCGCAGCAGAGCAAGGCUGAGAUUCGGCACGGCACCAACGAGCCCUCAGCCGUCCAGGAACCCUCGGUCUUUGAGAGCAAGCCAGCUGAGAGCAAGGCGCACUACAGAGCUGGCCAGAAUGCUGGCAGCGAGUCUGAGUACGAGACGGAUGAGGAGAAGUGA